CACCCGUUUCUUUCUUCUUGAAUCUUCCUCUUCCUUCUCGCCAUUUUCUUUCUUCUUUCUUCUUUUUUGUUCUCGCCACUUUUCUUUCUUCUUUCUUACUUGCCUGUGUGAUAGUCUCCUCUAUAAAUAGCACAAUUCAAGCACUGCAACAUCACCGAUUUGCAUUACAGUUUAGCAAAGAAUUAUGGCAACUGCUGACUCUGGAAGUUCAAAAGUAAAGAACAGGAGGUGGACUCAUUAAGAUGAUGUUAUGUUAGUCUCUUGCAUGAUUGAUUUGCAUAAUAUGGGAACGAAAAAUGCUGAUACUGGAUUUAAAGUUGGGUACUUGACUGAGUUAGAGAAAAUGCUUGCAAUCAAAUUACCUAAUUUAAAUAUAAAAGCCAAACCACACAUUGAGUCCAGAAUUAAAACUUUAAAGAAAGAAUGGAGCAUUGUUCAUGAUUUGCUCACAAAUAAUAAUAGUGGAUUUGGAUGGGAUGAUGAAAGGAAGGUUGUUACUGCUGAAGAUGAUGUUUGGGAUGCUUAUUUAACUAGUCACAAAGAAGCUGCUCAUUAUAGAAUGAAGAGUUUUCCUUUUUAUAUUGAGUUUACUACUAUCUAUGGAAAAGAUCGUGCAACGGGAAAAGAUUCUCAAACUGGUGCUGAUAUUGUUUAUGAAAUGGGUAAUACUGAAGAUUUUGAUGGGACCUCAGAAGGCAUUGGUGGUACAAUGGAAGGCAGUGAGGAUGACAAUCCAAUUGAUUUAAGAGACAACAAUUUUUCCUUUACCCCGGCUCAAACAUCAUCUGCUAGAGGGGUGAGUUCAACAAAGAGGAAGAGGCAAAGCAUUGACACAUGUGAACCUAUUACUGCAGAUUCUUUGUUUGGUGCUGCCAUGAUGUUAAGUGAGAAGUUAGAAUUGGUGGGGGAAAAAAUAAGUAGAAGUCUUGGUACCGAAUUGACUCUGAUCUUCAACAAAAGAUUGAGCAAUUAGAGAGUAAAUUGAGUGAGAUUGAGGGGUUGCCAUGUGAUGACAAGUUUAUGGCUUUGAUCAAACUUCCUGAAUAUCCAAAUCAAAUGCUGUGUUUUUUAGCCUCAAGCCGGACUAAAGGCUUGAAUGGGUGAAAAGGUUUCUUGCUACCUAUUGAAAAUGUUUGUGUGAGUAGCAUGAAGUGCUUUGUUGUUUUUGCUAUCAGGCUAGAAAGUAUGGUGUAACUAUGAAGUUAGCUCUUGUUUUUACAAGAAAAUCAUGAAGUCUGUUAUGAUAAAAAUAUUAUUCUAGCUUGUUUUUUGAGAACCAAAAUGGAUGAACUUGUGAAAAUUAUGUAUAUUUUGUAACAUCAUGAACUUGUUUGGUGUAAUAUUAUGUAUAUUUUGUAACACCAUGAACUUGUUUGGUGUAAUAUUAUGUAUAUUUUGUAACACCAUUGAACUUGUUUGGUGUAAUAUUAUGUUAGUUGUAAAA